AUGAAUGAUAAAAAAAAUAUUGCAAUCGAUUUAGGAAACUUAAUUAGUGACAAUUAUUUGGAAUCCUAUAACACAGUGACUUUUCAAAAAUCAGAAAAAUUUAAUCGAUCAGAUUAUAUUUUAACAGCGUCAGGAAAUAAAGUGUGCAAAGAUUCAAUAUUAUGUGGAAUGAAAAAUAUACAUAUGCUAGGAAAAUCAAUUAUAAAAAAUGAAGCUAUACUAAGAGGGGAUUUAAGCACCUUGUAUUUUGGCAAAUAUGUUAUAAUUGGAUCGAAAACACUUAUAUGUCCAUGUUUCAUGCAUAAUAAUGAAAAUAGCGAAAUUAAUGAAAAUAGCAAAACUAAUGGAAAUAGCAAAACUAAUGGAAAUAGCAAAACUAAUGGAAAUAUCUAUUGCGAUAAUACCAAAAUAAAUCGAAGUUUAUAUGUUACUAUAACAAUUGGUGAUAAUGUUUUUAUCGGAAAUGAAUGUAUAGUUAAAGCAGCCUUUAUAGGCAAUAAUGUUAUGAUAGGUAAUAAUUGCGUUAUAGGGGAACGGGUUAUUAUUAAAGACAAUGUGAUAAUUAAGGAUAAUACUUUUAUUCCUAAUGAUACUACUAUUGCUUCAUUCUCAAAAUAUUCAGGAUAUCCUGGAAAAUUUGUUAAGGAAUUACCCGAAUCUGUAGAACGGAUUUUAAAAGAUGUUUCAUAUUUUCACUACCAGAAUUUUAUUCCCAAUGUUACCCCAUGA